CAACAACAACAACAACAGCAACAAGAAGACUCUAUCAUGAAUGAUCCAGUCUUGUCUAGUCUCUGUCAUGAGCCUGUAGAGUAUCCGAUUAUCAAUUGUCUUUCCGCUGAAAUGAUUGAUUCUCUUCAGUCCGUAAAACACAUAUGUCUUCAAGUUCUUGAUGCAUUAUUAAAGCAAAUGGUCGAUACAUAUUCGCCUCAAAGACAUCGUUCAUCCAUGUCACUGUUAGAUUCUAUCUCUCAAAGUACUAGCCUCCUAUCUACUUUUCAGAUGACUCGUAGUCAUUCAUCACCAGCAAAUAUGUGUGAUAUACACAAGGCAUUAGAAAGCCAUGCACUGAAUUCCACUCAGGAUUAUACCCUCUGCUGUACAUUGGCAGCCUUCUUGAAUGAUAUUUAUAGACUGUUAGAAUUAAACGAUAUUUCAAACCAAGAAGAGACCUCAUCCGAUGGUCAAGAUACCUCUUUACUGCAGCUCCAGCAGCAAGUGACUAUCCUUCAAAGCAAGAAAAAGGAGGGACUCAAUUAUGGUGCUGCAACUCAGGAAAUGCUAGUUAUUUGGCAAGAAAUGGAUCGUCUGAUGGACAUUGUCUGUCGACUGAUCUCUCAAGAAGAGAAGAAGGCACCUCCUGCAUAUGAAGAUACUGAGCAGCCUCCUGCUUAUAAUAUGGUUCAUGAUUCGACAUUGAUUGAAUCAAAUAAAGAUGACCUGGAUGACUUAUUAAACGCCAUUCAACAAUUAUCCUGUGUUGCACCACGAUUAAACAAUCAGAGAGCUCAUUUGACGAAUAAACAAGUAAAGAGACUUGCAGAAGAGACGCUAUUUAAGUCAAUAGAACGAUUACAAGGUAGAAGAAUGGAUAAUCAACGUGCUAGCUUAAAACAAAAAGACAUGCUGCAACAUUUAAUACAGCAAAUUGAACUAUCUGCGUCAAGGUCAUUUGAUAAUCAGCGAGUUCAAUUAACGUCACAACAGCAAAAGUUUUUUGAUAUCCAUCACAUCAUUCAUCGUAUGCAUAAGCAUAGAUAUACCAAUCAGGAUGCUGUCUCUUAUGAAGAAAGACUUGUAAAUGAUCUUACACGUACAACAGACUUGCUGGUCAAGUCACUUCAUCGUCCGGCAUAUUCAAAGCAAAGAUUUCAAGUUAGAACAAGUCUUUUUGACAUGCUUCGUAAACAAAAAGAAGACAAGGAAAAAGACUUGGAUCAGUUAUUUCAAUUCAUUCAUAAAUCUACAAAGCAUCAGCUUAACAACCAAAGAGCAAGUUUUACUCUUUAAUUCUUGUUUGUACAUGCAUGCAUAAAUAAACAAUAAAUAAACUUGGCUGAUCAUUUAUUAAUAAUCACUUGUAAAAAAAAA